CUGUGUAUUUAACUGUAUGUUUAUAUAAAUGUAAUAUUGCGUGAACUGGAUAAAGAUUUAUAUAAAUUGAGUUGUAAAAAUCAGAAUUCUCUAGUUUAAUAAUUCUGAUGUUCUAAACAAGAAGUGAGAGUAAAAUUUAAUUUUCCGAUUUUAUGAAAAUAAAAAUAAAAUUUACGUGGAUCUUCAAUUUUUCGGUUGAGGGCAGAUGCUGUAUUCCAUUUUUGAAAACCAUAGGGAUAUUCUUUUUAUGUAGUAGGGCAAAAAUUGUAUUUUUAAAUUCAAACUCCGUUUUAUUCUCUAGUUAUACAUUUUUAGUAUAUCCCAGUGUUGUAGUUGAAGUGAAUUUAUUUGAUGGAUUUGAAAUAUUCUUCACAUUCUAUCAUCAUUAUUGUUUUCGUGCCCAUGUUUUGGCAUUUUUUAAAUCACUGCACAUAUCGCACACUGUCUUCAUCUGAAGAAAUUCUGCAGUUUUGUCUCUGUUUACAUCUGUGUGUUCUUCGUUGAUAUUUUCAGUUAUGCCAAUGCUGUUAGUUGUUCAUCGGUAAACUUUCUAUUUGACAGUAAAUAAACAAUAUUUGGAAUUAACACAGCAAUGGAGCAGAAUGCUGUUAAAAGUAUUUUACCUUCUGGUUGGAUAGUUGCCAGCUCUAAAAGAUAUCCAGAUAGAGUAUAUUACUUCAAUGUGAUAACAGGUGCUUCUUCUUGGGAAUGUCCAGUUUUGAAUUCAUCCAGUGUUCAGACUACUAAAGCGGAAUGCUAUACUAAAGAACCUGUUUCUAUUAAAAGGCCUUACGAAAUGACUGACUUUGGAAAGAAUGCAGAGUCUUUUAAGACCACAAAAGACCUUAAGAAAUGUUCUCGUAAUCUGUUACCUGAAUUUAAGACAUUAAAAAGGUCUAGGAAAGGUAAUGCAGAAGAGGAAAGCUUGUGUGCUUCUGUUCCUCCUACUGCAGUAGUUAAUCCUGUGGUGAAUGAACGUUAUGCCAACAGCCCGAUGAAACCAGUAUCAUCUUUACCAAUCAUAAGUGACAAGUCAGAACAUAAAAAAUUAAUGAGAAGAAGUAAAAAGAAACGUAGGCGAUUACGUCAAGAAGAAAAGGAAAGGAAUGCUCCAUCUGUAUGUGAUGUACUUGCUCUUAAUACAGCUGAUCAAGUAAACAAAUUAAACCUAUCAGUACUAGAACCUCAGAAUAAAGCACAAAAUGAUGAUUUGGAAAACUUAAGCUCAAUAACUAAUGAAACUGACAGUGGUUUUAUUGAAGACAUUGAAAUGCUUGAUGUUUCUGAAGACUUGACCAAAAUAGAGGAUCUUUCUUCAGAUGAAGCAUGUUCUGAUGGUUUUAUUAGUUAUUAUAUAGUUGUUGAUACAAAUGUAUUCAUUCAAGAGCUCAAGUUUAUCGAUGAAAUUAAAGACACUCCAAUUGAAGGGUGUGGCCCUCCUCAUAUUUUCAUACCAUGGGUAGUAAUUCAAGAACUUGAUUCUUUAAAAAGAUCUAACAAGGCAACAAGUGGAAGGAAGGCUAUUGAAGCUGUUCGUUACUUAAAUUCUGUAUUGAUUGCAAAACACCCAAGAUUUCAUGGGCAAUCUGCAAAAGAAUUUGAAGAAUGGUCUCAGAAAUACAGUAAAUGCAAUGAUGACAGGAUAUUGGAAUGCUGUGUAAGCUUAGCAGAAAAAAUGCCCCGAGAAAAAGUGAUUUUGCUGACGCAUGACAAGAAUCUUGUUAAUAAAGCUCUUGUUUGUGAUAUAGUUGUCCAUAAUUUAGAAUCUAUGAUGAAAGCAUUGAAACCAGAUGUUAUAUAUAAAGGAGUGAGAGAUAAUUCUCCUAAUUCUCAAAGAAAGGCUAUUGUGAAAGGAUCAAACAUAUUAGUUAGUCUGGUACCUGGUGAAGUUGGGAGUUCAGAAAGUCAAGUUUCCCGGGAAUCAGAAUCUACUGAAAAAAAAGCAAAAAAGAAGUUGCGCAAGCAACAAGAUUUAUAUAAAAGAAAAAUUCAUAGUCAUAUGUCUACUGCCAGGCAGCUGUUAAAAGAUGCUUUAGAACCAUUUUUAGAAGCAGAAAUGAAUGAAGCUUAUGGGGAAGCAUGGUAAUUUUUAAAU